CGUGGAACUAGCGGCAAAAGCUACUCCCCCGAAAUUUUGUUUUUAAAGGGGACGUGAGGCAGAUUUUCGCCUAAUUUAUUCGCCAUGGCUUCAAGAGCAGGAAGAAAGCUGACGACCAAUUUGACUGGUUUGGCGGUGGCGAAAAACCCGCACCACACUCUCAGUGUGCUGUACAACAAGAUUCAAAGGGCCCUUCUGCAGAUGCCUGAGCAGUCGGCAUACAGGAAGCACACAUCUGAGAUUAUUUCCACAAGGUCGAAACUUGUCAGUGAGACUAAGGAUGUGGCUCAAUUGGAACAGAAAAUUAACUGCGGCCAAAUUGAAGAGGUGAUCGUCCAGGCUGAAAACGAACUGGUCUUGGCUCGUAAAAUGCUCGGCUGGAAACCGUGGGAGCCCCUUCUGCGAGAGGCCCCCAAGAACCAGUGGCAAUGGCCCCCCACUAAGUAAAUCUUAGCUGUGAAUGUAUAUAUUUAAAUAAAAGUUACUGUAGGUCUGUUCAAAAA